AUGGAGACACUGGAUAAAGAUAUUGCUUCUAACGGGGGCUGUUAUUAUUUUACCACCACGGAUGGCACUAGACCAAGGCUAAGCUUUGACAAUGAUGAAACGGCCGGUAAGCUUAGGGCGGAGCGCACUCUUGGCAACAACGAUUCGAUGCUGAAGCAACCGAAGCCGGAUUUCUACAGCUCGACUCUGGCCGACCACAAAGCAUGGGAUAUAUUCCGGCUACUGCCUCCGAAGCCGGAUAAAAUCGGUCAUGGAUUCUGGCACGAUGCCAGCUUGCAGGUGCUUAAGUUGGCUACAUUUAUUGUAUUAUUUGUUCUUACACUCAGCUCAGCGGUUGUUGCCAAAAGUUCCUUCUUGCUUAUGACCUCAGCGAUUGGAUGGGGAGGUCAAAAUAUGACAAUAUGUAGAGAUAAAAUACCUGAAUCGCAAUUAAAUACUGUAUUCAUUACGAAUCGAUUAGUAGUUAAAUGGGUAUGGGCAACGUUUUUGGCCCUUUCAGCGCCAGAAGCGUUCUGUUUCGUUCGAUCUUUGCAUAGAACUCUAUUUAAAAAUGUGAAGCGACCCACUCUGGUGCAGUUUGUCGUGGUACUUAUCAUCGAGACAUUGCAUUCGAUUGGUGUAGGCAUUUUGGUUUUCCGGAUUUUUCCUGAUCUGGAUGCCGUGACAGCCACCGAAUUGACGAGCGCGAUGUGCUUCAUACCUGCGAUUCUGUCGCUCCUCAGUCGUCGACCUAGUCGAAUUGCUUUCCUACUGGUCAUAGUAGAUAUCGGGGCGAUUGCUGCACAAAGCUCUGGUUUCUGGGCAUUUCCGAUGUUCAUUCCAAGUUUGGAAAAGCAUUCGGUAGCCAUACCAUGGUGCUUGCUGCUUAUCUCAUUGGCAUGGUGGCAAAAUUUUGUUCACGAUGAUUCCGUAUUUCCGCCAGUCAGGGCCUUAGCCAAAUUCGCGUCAAGACUCUCGGAAAGGCGUUCGAAGACCUAUGCUGUCGUCUCAUUGUGGAAAAUUUGUAUUUAUUUUCUAUGCAUGAUAGCUUUUAUGACUUCCAGGAUGAAACUACACGAUCUGCUACAACGUGACCCUUUUGGAGAGAAGCUCAUUACCAUAACCGGACAUAACCUCAACCAGACACAAAUUGACAAAUUCUUAGCUAGAAUGAGCAAAUUUGGAGGAGCAGAUUAUGAUGUGGAUGAAGUGACGCAAUCUACCACCAAAAAACCAUUUACUGAGGCCCCUCAAGUGGUUGAUGCGGGAGACUAUCGUGGAGCACGAGUGAGAAGGGAACAAGCGUUGGAAGAUGAUGACGAAUUGCCUUCGGCUUUUAAUAUUUACGACACCUAUGUUGAACUCAAUCAGUUUACAUCUCCUUACGAUGCUUUAUGGAUUGUACUGGUGCAAGUCUCAGCUGUGUUUCUAUGCUAUCAUAGCAGCAAAUUCGCUUGCAAGGUUAUGAUGCAACGGUUGGGAUUCGCUCUCCCAAUGGCGCUGGCUGUGCCAACUACCGUACUCGUUCUCUCCACCACUUGCACAUUCCGGUCCACCGAUUCCUGUUAUAUGACUAAUGCGCUUACUAAGGAGCUGUUCUGGAAAUGUUUCUCGUCGUACUCGUCCUUCCGCGCAUUCGUCGCCUCACCGCAAACAUGGAUCUGGUUAAGUUGGUUUAUCAGCCAAUGUUGGAUCACUGUACACCUAUGGAAUCCGCAACAUGAACGGCUGGCCAGGAGUGAGAAACUUUUCAUCUUGCCUUACUAUGUUGGAGCUUUUGUGGACCAAUCGUUGGCUUUCAAUCGUAGGAGAGACGACAAGGCUAAAAUCAGGCCCGAGGAUCUGGAGUUCGACCAAGAGGACAACUCACUCACCUACGAGACCAUUCCUGGUAUGGGCACAGGAGCAAAGCCGCCUCCAUCAGUGUGUAGCUUGACCAGUAGCAAAUUGGAGAAUGGUCUCAUAAGAGAUUCGGCAAGCAGCGCGGAUGCCAUCACAAAAAUCUAUGCUUGCGCUACGAUGUGGCAUGAGACUACACAUGAGAUGACAUGCAUGUUGAAGAGCAUCUUCCGAAUGGAUGAAGACCAGUGCGCUCGCCGGAAUGCACAAAAAUAUUUGAAAGUUAUCGACCCGGACUACUACGAAUUUGAAGCUCAUGUAUUUUUCGACGACGCAUUUGACGUAGAUGAAUUUGGUGAUCCCAUCAUCAACAAAUUUGUCCGACAAUUCAUCGAAGUCAUCGAUCAGGCAGCAAGCGCUGUGCAUCAGACGCAGAUGAGAUUGAAACCGCCAAAGAAGGUAAAAACACCCUAUGGUGGUCGGUUACAGUAUAUCUUACCUGGAAAGAAUAAGUUGACAGUGCAUCUGAAGGACAAAAAUAGGAUAAGACAUAGGAAGAGAUGGAGCCAGGUGAUGUAUCUCUACUACCUUCUUGGGUAUAGACUCAUGAUGAAAGUAGACGAACAAUCACGCAAGGAAGUAAUCUCCGAAAACACGUUCAUCUUAACACUUGACGGUGAUGUUGACUUUACCCCUCAAUGUGUGCACUUACUUGUCGAUUUGAUGAAGAAGAAUCGCCGACUUGGAGCCGCUUGCGGCCGAAUCCAUCCGAGAGGCUCCGGACUUAUGGUCUGGUACCAGAAAUUCGAGUACGCAGUCGGACAUUGGCUACAAAAAGCUACCGAACAUAUGAUAGGAUGUGUUAUGUGCUCACCCGGUUGUUUCUCGCUGUUUAGGAGUUAUGCACUUAUGGAUGACAACGUUACUAGGAAGUAUGCCUCCAAAUCAGUAGAACCACUUGACUACAUCCAAUAUGAUCAAGGUGAAGACAGAUGGUUAUGCACACUUCUGUUACAAAGAGGAUAUAGAGUCGAGUAUUGUGCUGCUUCUGAUGCUUUGACAUUCGCUCCAGAAGGAUUCAACGAAUUUUUUAACCAGAGAAGACGUUGGAUCCCAUCGACCAUCGCAAACAUCAUAGAUCUGCUAAAAGACUAUAAAAACGUUGUACGAGUGAAUGAGAGCAUAUCGAUAUGGUACAUCAUCUACCAAACCGUGAUGUUGAUCUCGUCAGUUUUGGGUCCGGGAACGAUUUUUCUCAUGGUUGUCGGUGCCAUUUCCAUUUCUUUCAAUAUCGACACGACUUGGAGUUUGCUCAUCGUAUCUGUGCCCGUUGUCUCAUUUUGCAUAGUAUGUCUCAUGGCUAAACCGGAAAAACAGCUACUCUUUGCACAAAUAGUCAGUGCACUGUUCGCAAUGUUGAUGACGGCUGUAUUUGUUGGUACAUCGCUACAGAUACAGAAGGAUGGUAUUCUCUCACCACAUUCGAUUUUCUUGUUUUCUGUCAUGGGAAGUUUCAUCACUGCUGCCAUUCUUCAUCCGCUGGAAUUUACCUGCAUCAUCCCUGGGAUACUGUAUUUCCUCGCCAUUCCUUCCAUGUAUAUGCUUUUGCCAAUUUAUUCCAUAUGUAACCUCAACACCGUAUCCUGGGGCACCCGAGAAGACCCGCGCCCACAGGAGAAAAAUGACCUGGCGGCUAAGAGGCGAAAAAAUCAUCACAUGGACUUGGUCGAGAAUGGUGGACAAGGCGAGGUUGAUGGCGACUGGUCUCUUGGUUGUGGAAGUGCUUGUCGGCUUCUAUGUUGUCUAAAACCGGAUAAGAUGGAGUCUUCACCGCAGGUCUGGCGAAUAAAUGAGAAAUUGGCCGAGAUCAGCAGAAAGCUCGAACGAAUUGAAAGGAAGCAGCAGCCAGGAUUGACGCGCCGAGCAUCCGUUAUCUCUACGGGCAAUACACCAGCCGAACACAAACAUGCAGAAGUUGAGGAGGAAGAGUAUCAGGAACAUUCGGACGAGCCCAUGCAGAGCCCAGUGACUCAUACCAGAUUGACUAGGCCAAGAUUUUCGUGGUUGGAUGAUAAAGCUUUGCGAAGAGCCGAACUGGAAAGCAUCGACCCUGACGAGGAGCAUUUUUGGUUGGACGUUAUCGAUAAAUACCUUUCGCCACUGACUUUGGACCCCAAGGAACAGGAGCGAGUGCGAGCUGCUUUGAUUGAGCUUAGGAACAAGGUUGUCUCCACCUUCUUCAUGGUCAAUGUCGUGUUCAUCAUUAUCAUUUUGGUUCUACAACUCCAAAAAGAUUGUCUUCACAUUGAAUGGCCCAUUGGGCCGAAAUAUAAUCAUACAGUACGACCUUGUCAUGGUGAUACUAAGGAGGAGAUUUGGGUGGUUACUCGGCUACAGCUUGAACCGCUUGGACUGGUAUUUUUGAUCUUCUUCAUGAGUAUUCUUAUUAUACAGUUCUUCGCAAUGCUUUGUCAUCGAUUCGGUACUUUGGCACACAUCAUAGCCUCUACGGAAUUGUUUUGCUUCCGAAAAACCAUAGGAAAGUUGAGCGAAGAUGAGCUUGUUGUUCAAAAUGCAGUGGAAAUAGCUAGAGAAUUGCAAGCGAUCCGAGGUGUCGACGAGUCACGGGAUGAUGGACAGGGAGAACAAAUCGGUCGCCGACGGGUGGUGCAAAACUUGGAAUCGUCGCGUCUUUCUCUGAUGAAACGAAAAACAGAAACGCUUGAUGCAGCAUUCAAGAAAAGAUUCUUCGCUUUAUCCAGCGAGGUUCAAGAACCAGGGCUUUCUUCAAGAGGCAGUGGGCGUCGCGUUACCUUGACCAAAGGAACCAUUCGUGCUUUAGAAAAUAGAAGAGACUCCUUGUUUGGCACAAUGGAGAAGAAGGAUCAACCUCCUUUCAAUUUUGACCAAGAAUCUCCGAAUGCCGAAAACAGAGGUCCAGCUCAGCGAAGACUUGAAAGGCUCUUCAACAAUCCGGCAGAUAUCAAUCGGACCGAAUCUGGAAAUCGGAGACCAGUGCAACAAAUAUGGCCAGAGAAGAACGAAACAGAUGCGCGGCGAUUCUAA